UACUGUUUCGACUUCUAACUCAAGAUCUAAUUUAUUGAUUUAAUUUAUAAAAUUCUAGCUUGGCCUCUGGUACAAAUAACAGGAAGUACAUAACUGAUCAUUAACUGGUGGCCCACUAGCUGAAACCGACCAACCGAACUGUCCAAUCUUGGCCAUGACUGGAUUCUGAAAUAUCAUAUGGUCCCCACUAUUUGAGCAACUGAAAAAACCCCAAUUAAGACUUAAAUAAGUACCAGUUUAUGACUGUAUUUGAAAAAAAACAAAACAUUUCAUUUAAUUUGAGUGUGAGCCAAGGUCUGUCCAGAAAAAUCCUUGCUCUCUGACAAAUACGGUUGGCGACCCCUGUCUGAUUCAAAGAGGUUUUCAAUGCAGCAUUUAAAAAAUCUAAAAAAAAUACUCCAAGCACACAAAAAAUGAAAUAAUCUAUGUGCGUGUUCUCUCCCUGCAUGUCGGGCUACUGCUUCACGAUCACAUUCAUCAGAAACACUUUAGUUUACUCAGACCGACUGAGUUAAGGUGGAGCCCUACAUCUUCCUGACAUGCGCUUUAAAAACUGCUGUGUCACUGGUCGGAAAUUGUGACCACAGUAAAAGCAGUUUGUGACUUGCUUUUCUUUUUCACCUGAGUCACUGUUGGACAGAUUUAGCAGCCGGCCCAUCUUCCUCAGCAAGAUGCACAGGCUGUACCCUUGAAGGGAUAUUUUUAGUGGGAACAGUCCCCUUCUGACAGCCUGCACUUUGUCUUCACUUAGCACCUCAAAGCUUGACAUCAUAAUAAUGUUGUAGGCACAGGGCAUGUGUGUUACAGGGAGGUAAUUGCUAACAAUCCGUGUCAGCUACUGUAGUAUGACCUUCGACGGUUGAUUUGCUGCAUUUUCCAGUUUCACCAAGUUGGAACGCAGCAGAGAAAGGAGGGCAAACCCCAGUGCAGAUUUUGGCUGUUGAAUUAUACAUGAGCUGGCUCAGCUAAAUGUCUGAAUCCUCCGCUGCUUUCAGUGAGGUGCCGUUACUUUUUUUUACAAGGCCAGUCCUCGUCAGUUUUGAAUCCAUUUGUAUUGAUCAGUCUCCUCGUCUGCUCAGUACAGCAAAGUUUGUUACUUUAGAGAAAUGGUUUCACUCCACAUUAGAGGCUUAGGACUGAAUAUGAGCAGGAUGUACCACGUGUAUCAUUUCAACUUUUCUUUAUUAAUUUUAUUAAUAUGUGAAAGUAUCUAAAAGGUGGGGCACGGUUUGGUCCUGACAAAACAUCUGAGGUUAGCAGUUUACCCUAGGUUUGCUAAAAAAUACCAAACAAACAAUGAAAUAAUAGCUAUAAUAUUUUAUCUAACCUUUAAAUAAUUUUGAUGACUUUUACUGCCGGUUAUGGAUUUGUGAGAGAAAUAUUGUCAACAUUCUCUACAACAUUAGGCAAAUACUUCCCUUUCAGAUUUUGGAAAUUUUAUAUUUUUUUUUGUUUGAGACUUUGAAAAACGUUAUUCACCUAAGUUUAGCUUUUGUCCAUAGCAUUGGCCGAUUUGUUGUCAUUGAUGCAAGCGCAUUAGCAUUGGUCAUAAACGCUAACUAAUGCUAAUGACUAACAACAGCAAAACAUUAGGGAGGUCCAAUAAUAUCGGCCAAACGAUAUUAUGGGCCCGAUAUUAGCAUAAUUAUGUAAUAUCUGCAUAUAUCAGUAUCGGUUGAUAUCUAAAUCGGAAAUUCAGUGUUUGGACAAUAUCAGCAAAAAGUUAAUAUCCAACAUCCCUACAAAACAUGAACAUAUUCAGCAUUAGUUUUAUAGUAACGGUUACAGCUAACUCAUGAAAAUUCUAAUGAGCUAAUAACAGUGAAAAAAAGUGCCGCUUAGCACGGCUGUGCUAGCUAUCAGCCAAACGGUGACUCUAAAACAGCAGAAAGGCAGUUCUCGGCUUUGUCACUUAAAAGCACCUGCUCAUAAAUACUUAUAUUACUUUUGUAACAUCUGCCGUGAUGGUAAUACUAUAAUCCUGUCUCUUUAUCUGAAGGCCAGUGCAGCCUUGCGCUGUUGUCUCUUCAUUUACACUUGGACCGAGUCUUGUUGCAGGUCUUUGCCAAGGGUUCUGGUGUCAUGCCAGAUAAAUCCCUCCUCCAUCUGUGGGAGCCCCCUCAGCUGUUGUUUCAAUGCUGACUUUUAAACCCCCACGUUAAUAAAAUGCUAAUUGAAAGAGCUUUGUGUCCUCCCGGAUCCGGUUACUUGUACACUUUCGUAAUAAAAUCUGAUUGUGAGGCUGCUCCAUCUGGGGCGUUUUCUUGACUGAUGUGCGGCCGUGCACUAAACACUAUGGAUCUAAUUGAUUCAAAGACAGCUGACCUGACAGGAGUGAACUGUAGACAUUUCCCUCUUGCCUCGGUCUCUAGUUACUGAGUCAUCUACUUAAGCUUUGAUUUAUUAAUUGGAGACAAACGUCUAUCACUCCAUCAUCGUCACCGCUAGUUUUCCAAGAUAAUUUAUUGUGGUGGAAAUGUUAAUGUUGUAAAACUUACAUUUUUGUCAUCAAUAGGAAUCAAAGAUGACAAUUUUAUAGCUCACAACUCUUUCGCAAAAGUCCUCUUCCAUUUUCAAUCCCACAGACAACGUGGGGUACUUUAUUCCCUGCAGAAGCCGUUCCCAAAAGUGUUCCCAAAGAGAAGCCUCGGCCUCACGCCUCGUUGACAGUAUCAGCCCAAAUCAUCUGAAGAGCUCAGCGGUGACUCAUUAACGGUGCCCACUUUCAAUCGAUUCAUGUUCCACUCUGUCAAUAGCCCGCAAGUUUUGUCUAUUCAGGCUAUCGUUAGCCUAAGUCCGCAUCACCAUGUGCUUACGCAGCAAAUCAAGGGUACCAUCUCAUUGAUUCAAUCUUCAGUACAUUUGGUCCAGUCUGAGCACUGAAAUGGAACCAAAGGAACUGGGACGCUCCUCCAGACUGGUCAUGUCAGUGAUAGUACACAAUGGAAGUGAAUACCAAUACUGCUACAAAUGAAGUAUGGAGGUUUAUUACAGGGUAUUAUAGUUAGCCUUUACCACUUUGACCAAAUAACCUGCAGGAUGUGGGCUGCUGAGUUGGUCUGUUGAAGUAUCAAAAGAGACAACAUUAAAAAAGAGUAAAUUCCGGAGUAUGAUUUCUUUUUUUAAACUAACUUUUCCAAAGUGGUCGCUCUGAUGGGACCUGAAUAUAUGUGAAACUUUAAAAGACCUUUCAGAAAAUUCAGCAAUAUUCAACAUAAUUAAAUGUCGCUUUAGUCAUCCCCAUAAAACUUAGAGUUCAACCCUACCAGAAAUAAAUAAUUGGUGAGUUGGUGAAUUUCAGUCAUUCCUGGGCAUCUAAAUGUUGGUUUGUAAAACACAUGCUUUGUUACAGAGUUUAUAUGUUUAAAAACAAAACGUCACUUAAGAGGUGUUUAGAAUUAAUAAAACACAAACAGCUCCUGCUCUCGUAGCUUGUGUAGACGAAUCAAAUUUGAAUGUCGUUCUUAAAUGAAUAAUAACUAAUCAGCUGUGGAUAUAUCCUAGAUGUUAUCAACCUGUGUUAUGUUUGUUUGUUGUUUUCCAUUGUAGGGUGAGGGGGAUGGUGGAGCUGAGCCGUGCCACUGCUGUUUAUCAGCAACAAGACCUCUCUGGUUGCUAAGGUGGGCCUGAGGCUCCCUGGCAGCAGAGUGCACCUCGGGGCCCCAGGGGCCGGCACUCUGUGACGCGUUGGAAAUCCCCCCGAGCCUGAGUCUCCUAACAGCACCGUGUAGGACAGGAUGAAAAGAGGGAUGUAAAGGAGGACGAUCCUCUGCAGUCACUCACUGUGAACGUUGUUUUCGUAUUUACGAGCGUAGGAUGGUUUCCUAAAUAGAACCGUGUAGUCAAUAAUAUCCUCAAGAUCAUCGGAGACUUAUGUCCAAUUGUCUGCUGUGGAAAAGGUCCUGACUGUGACACAUAAAUAGAUAGCUUAGCCACACGAGCUACGCUAAUGCUAUUCACUGAUUUAAGGAGUAUUUUAAGUUAUUUUAGCGCCACUUAUAUCAGAUAGUUAGCUUUUGGCUAUCUCUCAGCUCUUACUUGCUAACCUUUUUUUUUUCUGUUUUGCGGUAAACGUUCCAUGCAGGACUGUAACUAUCAAUAGCUACGUAUUUCCAGGCUAUAUAUAAACAAAUAUAAAUGUUAGAUCAACUUUCCUGAGCUAACUUUAUGAGAUCAUAUGUUUACCAGAAUUGUAUUGUUUUUUUAUAGCCAACUUUUACAGAUUUAGAUUUGUUGUUCAUUAUUUGGAGCUUUUAUUAUUUUUGGACCUAGUUUAUAAAUUAUUUGUAAUUUUUUGCUAUUUAAGCUAGUUUAUUUUUAUUUAUUAACAUAUAGCUCUAUUGGCAGUCAUAUCACUUGUGUAAUCUAUUUACUGUCAUUUUAUAAUAAAAAAACAUUUAAAACAAGGAGACCUACAUGACAAAAAACUUGGUUUUCAAGAUGAAGUUACAAGAAAUUGUACAAUUUCUUUGCAUGGACGUCAAACGCCUGCACUGUGAGAAAUCUGAAGGCUCAUUGUCUCAUACAUAGAUGUGAUCUCAGUCUGAACAAAUGGCAGGUAUUUGAUUUAUGCUCAGCGCAGGUUUUAUAUUUUCUUCAGUUGCCGGGUGCAAUACUCACAAUAAUAACGUGCAAUAUGACCAGGCAAAAUAUUUGGCUGUGUAAACUUCCUGAACAAACAGCAAAGGAAGUGUCAGACAAGAUCACCAUUCGCUCUCCUGGGACUGUUUUUACACCUUCCUUCUAAAUAAGGCAGCAGGCUGCCAGGACAUAUGACCACUGUCCCGAUUUGGUUCCUGGACACAGUAUCCAUCCAUCCAUCCAUCCCAUGAUUGCUCAACAGCAAUGAAAUUCAAACACACACACACACACAUAUUUGCAUGACUAGCUAGGACUCUGCAGUGACUUUUAUUGAGUUGGACCACAUAAAUCAAAACAGUAUCCUUAACCUUCAGUUCAAGUUCAACCCAAGUAUGAGUAACAUCUAGUACAACCCCUGAAAUAAAUAAAGUUUAUAUUGGGUAUUCAUGGUGGUCCUGACAAGAUGAGGGUACCAGACAAGGUCCUGACGAGGUAACAAAAACAGGUACAGACACACACACACCUCUUGCAGGUCUUCCAUGUAAAAGAGCAGUGUCAGGUUGGUAAUAUUUGUUCACAGGAAGCCUGUUAAAGUGGACGACCAAACUUUCAAAAUAAAGCCAAUGUUAUGCAAGCAUGUAUCCUCUACAUGACUUUCCAGUACAGUUGACAAACCACGUGGGCUAGGUGAACUAACCAAGAGGUUAACCUUCCUUAUAAACUGUUGAUAACUGCAGUAAUGGUUAAAGCAAGGUGGAAUUUGGCAGAAAAGUUUUAUAGAACUAUAUUUAGCCACUUAUAACAAUAAUUCAACUGUCAGAGUUCACCUUCAGUUUAUAUAUAUAAAAAACCCGCUAAGACUAAUCAAUCUCGAUAUUACAAUUGCGUGUAUAGCACCACCUAUAGGGGAGGAAAUGCAGCUUCAGCUCUUUAAACCAAUGAACACCAGAAAUAAAUCCCCGAACCGCAGGGCAUUAUGGAAAUGAACGCAAGAAGAACAGGAAGAAGAAUCACCCUGCAGCAGUAAUCUGCAUAAUGAUUUGGCAGUUUUUACAUGGGUGCACUUCCUCAGCCUACCUGGCACCUUGUGGUGGGAGGUAGCAGAAUUUAAUGUCAAUUCUUUAAUAUUAUUUUUUUCCAAAUUAAUAAAUAUUAGAAUUAGUCCCUGUGACCACUGGUCUCCCAUUUACCGAGGGUUGUUUUUUAUUUUGAAAUGUUGCACAGGAAACAUUUGCUCCUAUUCACGCUGACUUGUGUGACAGUGAAUGAAGGUGCAGCACAUCCCAUCACUCCUGUCAGAACUAUUGCUGCUGCUGCUGGGGUCCUCCAACACUCCUCCUCCUCCUCCUCCACCACCACCUCCUCCUCCUCCCAUCGGCUACUCCUGAUGGGGGGUGCGGCGGACGGUGAAGUCACUGUGAUGUCAUUUUAGGAUGUGGGAGUCGGGGGCAAGGUGAGCUGGUUUUGCGGUGAGUGGAGUGUCCACCCCCUCCAGAGCCAGCGCGUUGCCUGUACAGAGAGAGGAGCGGAGCGGCGAAAGAUGAUCAUCGUCACCGGCACCAAUUCAAGCUCCGACGCGCCGUGUCCCUCUCCUUCUCCUCCUCCUUCUCCUUCUCCUCCUGCUGCUGCUGCUGCUGCACACAUCUACAGCUAUGGGGCCUUGAAAACCAGCCUUUACCAUCACCAUGCCAAAGGACAGAAAAUAAGAAGAGUUGCAUUUUUAGGGCAGGCAACUUUGACCACGUGCCCCAAAGGUGAACUGGAUGGCCAUUGCGCAGAGGUGCCUCUACUACAGUAUGUCCAGCGGGGCCAGGACGCACUGGACGUUGCCAGCACUUAUUGUACUGUGGACUUCUCUGUGGGGGAUCGCUUCAACUUAUCCGAUUCCGAGCAGGACUAACGCGACUUUGCUGGAGAAGAAAUCGGAGCUGAACUGGGAGAGUGACUAUUUGCAGGGCAUCAAGAGAGUGCGGCGGCUCUACUGCAACGUGGGCAUUGGGUUUCACCUGCAGGUGCUCCCGGAUGGCAGGAUAAGCGGUGUACACAAUGAGAACCAAUACAGUCUGAUCGAAAUCUCCGCCGUGGACCGAGGAAUCAUCAGUCUGUACGGAGUCAGGAGCGGCCUGUUUGUCGCAAUGAACAGCAGAGGACGGUUAUACGGAGCGAAAUACUUCGGGGAGGAGUGCAAGUUCAGGGAGACCCUGCUGCCGAACAACUACAACGCCUACGAGUCUUUUGUUUACAAGGGCUUCUACAUUGGCCUCAGCAAGCAUGGCCGCGUAAAGAGGGGCAACAAGGCCACCACCGCCAUGACCGUCACACAUUUCCUCCCCAGACUAUGAGAGAAACUGGCAAUAAGUCACUAAUUUGCACAUGUGGAUGUUCUUCCAGGUAACACACAGAAACGCUUAGUCACGAUACACACGGGCGACGGACUGCAUAGGAGAAGAAAAACUAUUUAUUCUGUUUAUAAAUAUAUAUAUAAAUAUAUCUGUAUAUUUGGAUAGCUAUCUUUGUAUAUGUAUGCCAUACUGUGCUGCUUAUUGUUUUUACGGAUGGGCAGAGUUGAAACCUUGGCCCGUCUCACUUUACCUUGGUGCUUGCUGUAACCGAACUAUGUUUCACUUCCUUUUUUGAGAUGAAGGAUGAGCCGUAUCCAGUGCUUUGAACGAGUGAAAUGAAUCCUUUUUAUUACCUCAAAGAACCACUACUAGACGAAGGGAUGCAUGGACUUCUGCGCAAAUACCUGCUAAGUUUAUCCUUUCUUUCGAAACCCAUUGAAUGCUUGAUGGCUCCCUUGCCCGUCGGUGUCAGCGGGGAGGGAGACGAACUUUAAAUGCACUACCGUCGCUGCACGAUUUUUAAAGGUGCCUUGGUGUUCCCACUUGUGGCCCCCUUGGACUUGCAUGUAAGAGACACCCAGCUGGAGUCAGAAAUAGGGCUGACACUUCGGAGAGGGCCUCAGAAGGGGGAGGGGUGGUGGGUUGUGACUAUCUCUGGUUUAUUUUCUUUUCUGUAAUUAGAUCGAUUAAGUAAUAUACAAUCUGUGGCUGCGACCGGAGACUGGUCGGCCAUGGUGCCUGGCACAGGCCAGCAAAUACACAGGGUGGAACACUUAUCUUAUCUGAGCAUGGAGAAUUUUUUUUUUGUUUUAAAAAAAUGUUUGACCUGGUCUUGCAUCUGCACAAGAAUCUAGUGAGCGAAUAGAGCACACAGUAGAAAUGUAUCUGCACACGGGUUAAAGGUUGCUGUUUUCGGAGCUUUAGCUGCUUUUGAAAAGAAAAAUAAUAAUAAUGAUGUCCUUUCUCAAUGAAACCAAAUGGGGGGAAAACAGUGUAAAUAGUAGCAAAUGUGAGAAAAAAAAUCGAAGAAAGUCAGGAGCUUUUCAUGCUGCUUUCCUCGCAGCCGUCCCCAAACAAGGCAAAAAGAGUUGCACAGCGAACUAUCUACGAUGGGGUUUUUGUUGGACAGGAAUCGUUCUCCAUUCAUAUCUUUCCUCCUGAUUUUAUUCUUGUGUCUGGUGGGAGUAGGUGUGUACCAUUCCACCCCCCCUGCCUGCCAGUGUGCUCUGCAGCAGCACUGCAGUGGCAGUGAGGUGUCAGGAGCUGGAGGCAGCAGAUACUUAUUGGUACAAUUACAGAUGACUCAAUGGUUUGUCUGUGGAGAACUCAAGGACAGUGCGGACAGUGAGUGGAUGCGUCUGGUAGAUUGGAAAAAUUCAUUAGAAUAAUGAUGUCGCUAUUGGAAAAAAAACCUUCUUCAAACCUACGUCACGAUCAGCUUCCAUCCAGGGUGGUGUUUAAAAAGGAAGUCAGACAGUUUCAAUCCAGGAAGCACGCAUGUGAAGAAGACACCUGCUGUCUUUGUUCUUUGUCAAAGACCCCCCGGAAGGAAUGUGGACCUGUCAUCUUCCCACAUACCUGAGUGCCCCCUGCCAUCCCACACUUUUUUGAGCUCUGUUGGCCCCUUCUACGCCCUCCCCUCACUCGCCCGCUGCAA